UUUUUUCUGAAUAGCUGUUAACGUCUGAUCAUUAAAAACGAUCAAAUAAUAGUUUUUGACAUUUUGAUCUUUGAUACUAGUUUAGUUGUUCUCCCCAAAACAAAAAUGUUACAGUUGCGAUUAAAAGCAUUCAGUUCCCUUGUAACCCUGCCAAGAAUUGUAACGAAACGGUUUAGCCAUGUCGAACAGAAAGUCAAUGUAAAUGGAAUAAAUAUUAAUAUUGUUCAAUGUGGCAAUGGUGAUAAAAGUCUUUUACUAAUGCCUGGAGCGUUAGGCUCAGCGUGGACCGAUUUUAAACCACAAAUAGAAAAAUUGCCAAAACUAUUACCAAAUUACAAAAUAAUAGCUUGGGAUCCGCCUGGUUAUGGUAUGUCCAUACCACCUAAAAGAAAAUGGGGUUUAGAUGUAUUCCACAAUGAUGCACGUUGCGCGGUGGACUUGAUGACACAGCUGGGUAGGCCUAAGUUUUCCAUUAUUGGCUGGAGUGGUGGAGGUAUUACAGGACUUAUAGCUGCUGGUACCUACAUAAACAAUGUCGAGAAAUUAAUUGUCUGUGCCGCUGGAGCGUAUUUGAUACCGACAGAAGUAAAAGCCUUCCAUGGAUUACGAGAUGUUAGCCAGUGGUCACCUAGCAUGCGCGAGCCAAUGGAAAAGUUGUAUGGACCUGAACGAUUCGUUGAACUUUGGAAUGAAUGGGUUGACAUGCUAUACACGUUCCAGCAAGAAAACGAUGGUGAUUUUUGCAGAAAAGAAGUUAGUAGGAUAACGGCACCUACCCUUAUUUUGCGUGGCAACAAAGACUCAAUGAUAGCCCCCGAACCCAUGGCCUAUUUAAGAGAUCACAUUAAAAGUGCAAGGUACUACGAAUUUCCCGACGGAAAGCAUAAUUUCCAUUUACGUUAUGUGGAUGAAUUUAAUAGAUUAGUUGCCGAUUUCCUUUUGGCUAAUUGAUUAUGGCUGUUCUCUAGUCUGGUUGCUUAUUUUUAAUAAUUGAGAAAUAAAGUUUUAAAUAAAUUAUUGAAUGUACGCUAUGUACGAGAAUAUCAAGAAUACUGCCUCAUUAUAUCGAGCUUGAUGACAAAAAUGCAGUUGAAUAAUUUGUGCUAUAAACGUUUUGCGUUUUCCCUCACAAUCGUAGCACAUAUUUUGUCCUUUUGGUACUCCCGGAAAUAUUUAUCUAAUAUGUUAUUGUUAAGCUUAAGUCAUUAUUUUCUAUGUUGAAAUGUCCCAUGCUUUAAAUAUAGAGCUCCGAAAAUUUCCACAGACAUUUAUGUCAAUCCAAAGAUGUUUAGUACCGAGAACGAACAAUAUUUAUUUACGACUCGGAAUAGCCCUCGUAUUGGUUUGGAUAUUUGAAAUGACAAUGGGUAGAAGAUUCAAUCUAAAAAAUGUAUGACGUAUAUAUUAUAAAAUAAAAAAGUAUUUUCAAAAUCAA